UUGAAUUGGUUGGGCCUCGGACUUGGUCCGCUUAGGGUUUUGUCCGCUCUCCCUUGUCUUCGUUUGAUGUUCGCCUGCCUUGUGGCUUUUGUUUGUUGCUCGGUCUGGUUCCAGGCCGCCAUGAAAAUGGCCUUCGAGCUCAUCAUUGACUCUAGAAAGAUGCCCUAUCCGGUCACAAAUCACCUCACUUCUUUAUAGCCACUAAAAGAGCUCAAUUUUCAAGCCCAGAGUUCUGUUGCGGAGCCAUUAAAGGAACUCAAAGGAAUCAGAAAUGGUUUUUCCAUCGUGAAACCCUAAUUCUCUGUUUUGGAGCUUUCAAGGUAGUUGGAAGUGUGCGGACGUGGCGGGCUUGGAGGAGAUUCUCUAUAAGCAGGGGUUUAGAGGCUGAAGAUUGCCUGAAGUACCCCUACUUGUCUGGUUUCUUUCUGAAAAGUUGCAGAAAUGAUGUAGAUCAAGGAGGUUCUUGUGGAGGAACGGUGUAUGAGAGGGAGAUUGAGUAACGAUCGUGUGGGUUGAUUUACAAACCCCAUUUCUCUGUUUGAGUUCUCAAAAGAGUGUGAAAGUUGAAACGGAGACACUAAGUAAGAGUUUAGAAGCGGCGAGGUUGCUAAUAAAUAGCUCAGGACCGAAACUUCUGUAUUUUGUUUCGAUUGCAGAGCCAUCUAAAGAGCUUGCAAGUUUCAGAAAUGGCGUCUCUAGAACAGCUUCUUGCUGAGGAUGGGUUUCUAGGACGAAAAUCAACUGAGAUAGCUUCAGAGAAACACAUGAAGUGUAGGUCUAAGGUUUCUUCUCGAUCGAUUGAGGUGAGCUUACCAAUGUAUAUUUGUAAUGAAAGGAAUGCUCCUGGUUCUGGGCAGGAGGGUAAAAUCAGGCUUGGAAGGACCAUAUCUGAUGUUUCUAGGCAUAAAGGUACUAAAAAAUCUCCGAAUAAUGAGAAAAUUAGGGAGAUUUACAGGAAAGGAUUGCGAGAAAAUGAGAGGUUCCGUGAAAGAUUAAGUGCAGAUUUUCAGGAGAAAUCAAAGUUUGGUAAGGAUUAUCAUAGGAAAGAUUCAUGUGACAGUGAGAGGAUUAGAGGUAGAUCAAGUAAAGAUUUGUGGGGUAAAGAGGAAAUCAAAGAUGUACAUAGGUUGUUUGUGCCUGGAAAUGAGAAAUUCAAUGGUAACUUCAAUAAAGACUUGCAGGUAAUUGAGGACUUCCAAGAUAGACAUGAGAAGGACGGGGAAAAGGAGACUUUUCAUGACAAAAAUAGACAUGAUAAUAUAGAGAUUGUGAACCUCAAAGGCAAAUCCGGUGUUUAUAUGGGGGAAACUGAAAAUUUGGAAGAUAAAUUUAAGCGCUACUUUAGUGGAAAUGAGAAAUUUGAAGAUAAAUAUCAGAGAGAUAAGAAUGAAAAUAAAAGAAGUGUAUGCAGAUCGAAUAACAGUUCAACAGAGAGUGAGAAGUAUAAAGAUGCAUGUAAUGAAGAUUUCCAUUAUAAUGAGAGCCCUAGAGGUCGGUACAAAAUAGAUUAUCGAGAAAAUGAGAAUUUCAAAGAUAAACCCGUGAGGCAUUUGCAUGAAAAUGAGAAGCUCAGAUAUAACAGUAGAGAGGAUAUGAAAGUAGACAAGUCAUAUUCUAAGCUCAGCAUUGAACAAGUGAAGGAAAAACACCAACCUGCACUUGAUGAAGCCGCCAUUCGAGCUGUGAUUUCAAUUCUCACAAGUUACAUUGGGCGAUUCAUCAAAGACAAGAAUUUUCGGCUGUCUUUAUCUCAAAAUUGCCUCUCCUGCAUAGGUUUAAAAAGAUGGAAUGAUGCCCAAUACAAUGAAAAGGGGAUUGUUGCCAAUCUUAAAGAAGCAGUUCAAUGUGUCGAGGGAGUGGUUGGGGAUUUAAAAAACCAUAAGGAAUUGAAGAAAGCAGCACUACAGUUGAGUAUAGUUGCAGGUUUAAAUUCAAAGGAUUUAAAGGAAGGGCACACUUCAGGUAUCCCUAAUUCCCAUUUAGCAGCAUGUGCUCAUCUCUAUCUGAGUGUUAUUUACAGGCUUCAGAAGAAGGAUAGGGCUUCUGCUAGGCACCUUUUGCAAGUCUUUUGUGAUUCUCCCUUUCAAGCUCGGGUAACUUUGGUUUCAGACCUAUGGGAACAUUUCUUUCUUCCCCAUCUUUCGCAUUUGAAGGUUUGGUAUAGCCAGGAAGCUGAGUUUAUACUGAAGAGCUCUUCUGGGUCUUCAAGAAUGAAGCUUUUGGACAAGCUAUAUGGGGAACAAUUGGAUAGUGGCACUUAUCAAUUCGCAGUUUAUUAUGAGGAGUGGCUAAAAGAGGGCGCUGAGGCUCCUCCUAUUCCUUGUGUUUCUAUACCUUCGAGCUCUGUAUACGGAAGUUCACGUGAAAGUUCACAUGGGCCUUCCCCAAAGCAAGAUUCAAGCCCAAUUAUAUCGAAUUCUGAGCAGCCAGUGAUCAGAAAAAGCUUGUAUAAAGCCGUUUUUGGCAGUCUGAAUAACAUAGAUGGGCUUGGUGAAGUCAACAAUGGAAAAGGCGAUGGUGAUUUGGAUGGCCAUUCUACAUGUGCUACUACUGUUCCUGCAGAGGAUGAUGAGAGAAUUCAAAGUGAACAUGCAAAGCUUGCAUCAGAUUUGGGAGACAUUUUAGAGGAACAACCUGCUAGAAAUACACCAGAGAAUGCAUCUCAUGAUGCUGAUUCUCAAUCAAGAAAUCCUCUGAAAGCUUGGGGAUCACCUAGGGUAAUUAAAGAACUCGAGGAAGAAGAGGACAAUAUCCCAGGUUGCAGUGCUGCCACUGAAGGUGCCAUUUCUCCUCAUCAGUUUAUUCUAAAGAAGUUAGCCAAAGAUGUAUUUCAAAUGCGAGACAGCGAUGAAACAAUGGAUUCCUUGGCACCUAUCAAUGUGCCUGAUAUAGAAACAAAGAGGGACAUAAGAUUUGAUUCAAGAUCUGAACUCUGCGGAACAGAAUCCGCAUCUGAGUCCUCAAAUUUUGAUACAAACAAGGCAAGCUUUAGAUCAUUCUUUCAAAGUACACCAAAGGAUUUUAUCUGUCCACUAACAGGGCAGCUGUUUGAGGAUCCUGUGACUCUAGAGACUGGGCAAACGUUUGAGCGUUCCGCCAUAGAGGAAUGGCUGAGGCGUGGAAACAAAAUGUGCCCAACAACCAAGCAGGCCUUAGAAUAUCUAACAGUUCCCAGUACAAACUUUGUUUUGAAGCGUGUUUUAGAUGCUUGGAAGUUGGAACAUUAUAGAUACAUAACCUGCGUUACCGAACCAUCAGUAAACUUGUCAAUGCACAAUCAAGAAUCCAAGGAUACAGAGGCGGUACAUGUGAUAGAACAGCUUCUUACCGGAUCCAACCGAGAAGAAAGCAUUGACAAUGCCAAACACCUUAUCUCUCUUGGGGGGUUGGAGUUUUUGAUUGAAAGGUUUGAAUUCGGUGAUUUGGAAGAAAAAACAAUCAUAGCAUAUCUUUUCUGCUGUUGCAUAAAGGCUGAUGGAGGCUGCAGGGACUACUUGGUCAAGAACAUUACUGGUUCACUAAUUCUAGAGCUUCUGCAGAGCAAGCAGAGCCGAUCUAGAGCGAUUGUUGUGUCCCUGCUGACUGAACUGAUUUGCCUUCACAGGAGGACAGUGAUCACAGCCUUUCUAAGGGGCUUCCAAAAUGAGGGGGUCCCAAAUACAACGCAUAUUUUGUUGGUUUAUCUCCAGACAUCCCCACUUGAACAAAGACCUUUAGUAGCAACACUUCUCUUGCAACUUGAUCUUCUGGGAGAGCCUAGAAGGUAUAGCAUAUACAGAGAGGAGGCAAUCAAUGGCAUUGUUGCAGCUUUGAAUUGCAGUUUAAAUGACGAGAAUGUUCGGCCACAGUUAUGCAGAGCUCUUCUAAUCUUGGGAGGUCGCUUUUCUUACUUGGGUGAAGCAUCCAUUGAAGCUUGGUUGUUAAAGCAAGCAGGUUUCAGUUCUGACUACUUAAAGUCAAGAAAGGACAUUCAUGAGCUUCUGCCAAUUGAUGACACCAUGCAGAAGGCUGAAGAGGAAAAGGCAUGGGAAGAGUACUCAAAGAAUAUGGCCAUUUCCCUUUUACGUGAUCGGAAGCCAUUCCUAGAUUCACUCUCUAAAUGUAUAUUAAAGGAGGUUCCACAGUUGUCCAGUGUGGGCCUGGUCACUGUCGCUUGGAUCACGCGUGCCCUUGCCUCAUUGCAUGAUUCUGAGCUCUUGUUAUCAGCAUUCUCAGUUUUGGCGCCGUGUUUGAAAAGCAGCUUGGAGAACGGAAAACGGGUGGAAGACCAAGUUCUUGCUUCUCUCUCUGUAGCAUAUUUCUUAGAUAAUCCAGAUUGUCAGAGUUUGCUUUUGGUGUUUGUCAAAGAAAUGAUGGAACCGUUAGAACACCUUAGCAAGGAGACAUGGACGGCCAGGAGCAUUCUUGCCGUCGUUCCAAGAGACCUCUAGAAUUUAUGGCGAUGGUAAAGUUUGCCUCCAUGAAGUAACCACUAUUCUUUCUUCUUUACUUUCUAAGAAUUUGGUGUUGGUGUGUGCUUUUAUUAGAAGUAGAUUUGAAACAGAUAUGUACAGGUUAAUUUAUUAAGCGUUUCAAGCAUUGGCCUUCUUGUAAACGAAAAACCAGUGGCAUAAUUGGAGCUUACUCUUAUCAUAGUUUUCAUUAGUGCUGUCAUGACUUUAAAUGACAUGCCUGGCAGAAUUUAGGGGGUCCAAAACCAACACAUGCCUGAGUUCUGCAUGUUACAGACUCCAACAAAUGCAGUGAAAGUAUUUCAAGGAACAGUAUCAACCAGCAAGCUUUCAAUACAGCCAUGUUCACACAGGUUUUAAAGAGCCAUACUGUUGCUGUUGCAUUCAGAGAGAGAGAGAGAGAGGCCUUUGUGCUCUUUCUAAUCAUUCAAUUAUUGCGAACAUUUAUACUGGUGUUUAAACAUGAGCCAUAUUUUCGAUGGA